UAAAACACGCUAGCACAAACAAAUCAUUCAUUCCUGUAUUUAAGAAGUGAACUAUAGUGUAGUAAAAGUAACACUAGACUGAUAUCACGUACCAAGCUGGCAACUACACUCAUGACUUCCAUAGUGGUGCCACGUUUACAACUGUCAAACUAGUUUCACUUCUAUAACUACAGUCUUGGCUACCUCACUAGUUUCACUUUUACAAGUCCAAUCAUUAUUACGCUACAGCACAACAUAUUUUCGCAUUUUGAUACUUUCUUGUCAUGUUGACCACCUUCGAAGAAGACAAAAAGAAUCAGGCGAAAAUUAAUAAGCGUGCAGAUAUCAUCCGUAAAAUUUACUUGAUGUGGCCAUAUAUAGCCUUAGGCGCAGCAGUAUAGGACAAAGGAUUUCGCCCAAGCAUGUCUUCUUGGAAGGCCUUCUGUGUAACUGACCCAUCCAGUUAUCAUGCAUACAUCUUCAGAACACUCCUUUUGUCGAACACUCAGGUUGUGGAUUCUCUGGUCAACAACGUUAUAUAACGUCCUUGGAUCCGAUUGGCUACUCUGAACAUCGUCCAAAGGUCAAAGACGCCUCAUCAGUCAUAAAGCGAUGGCUUCUGAGUUUCACGCGGCCUUGGAUUGGACCAUUCUAAGCGUCCCCAACACCAUCUGCGUAUACUGGAGAGCGCUGUCCCUACUGUACUGCGCCGUGGCUGCCCUGACCUCGGGGGACAGUACUAGCACCUACGGUGUCCUUCUCACGGGGUUGAGUCUCAUGGAAAUACCCAUAGUGUACUUCCGCUACGGCCACUUUGUUGUGGUCACCACCAAGAUUUUGAACCAGGCCAUGCUGUGCGUGAUGCUGAUCCUGGUCCACAACAUCCGUGAGAAGCGGGAGGUCCCAAUGUCCGUCCGUCACCGCGUGUGUUACUCCCUGUUGGUGGAGAACUGUGCCGCCUACAACCUGACCUGGAACUACAUCCAGACCGUGGUGCUCGCCAGCGCCAUGCUCGCUCAAGACUUCGGCGUCGGGCCACAAGCCGUGUCGUCUGUAAAUCUGGUUCUGUUCUCAAUCUGCGUACUGUUCACCAUGUCUAUCGAGUUAGUCUUUCCACGUACGUUCCAGUGGACUGUAGCGGCACAUGUGCCCCUCCAGAUGUAUGUUUUCUAUCAGCUCAAUCAGCACUCAGCUGUAAACGCCCAAACCGUGUGCGCCCUGGUCGCCUUAAACGCAUUGUUGUUGGUGUCAAAAAUAAUUCCUCCAAGAAAGGGUACUAAAUAUCUGACAUUCUCUCUGGAAAAAUAUAAUCAAAACAAAGGUGUAGACACGCUGUUUUCGGUGGUCUAGGUGAAUGGGUGAAUAUUGUAUUUUUUUGUACGCUUAAUGCUCUCAUUAGCCUGACUGAAAUCGCGCUCCUAGCGGACGGCCUAUCAUGUACAGUUGCCAACUCGGGGAAGGGGUCAUUAACCCCAGCCAGCGAUAGAUUGCGUAAACACAGGCUAAUGCUCUCACCAGUUAACUCAGAGUGAUAAAGCGCUGGUAUCAUUACAGUGGUGUGAUAAUGUGAUAUCUUAUUACGUAUGUAUAUAUACAGUUACUAAUGCAUACUGGUGUGUCCAGGUUCAACUUCUCGCUUCUUAAGACAGUUGUAAAUAUACGGGCAGAUGGACCUUAUAUUUAUACGCGGUUAUCUAAGGAAUACAUAAGGAAAUGUAAACUUUUCUUUGGUAUUCAAAUACUAGUAUCAGCACCUAUGGAACUUAUAUUGUGUAGAAUUGAAAAAGAUAUUUGCCUCAUUGGUGUAUAAAAUGCAA